AUGGAGGGGGACAUGGAUGUCGACCGGCCCCCACACGACAAGAAGACUGGCUCGGGAGAGGAUCUAGGGGAACACGGACUCCUAGUGAGGGGGGAGGCGGGGAAGAACACGGGGUCGGUGUCUUACCUGCUGUCUCCCUCCACAGGUGCUGCUACCUCUCAAGAACUUCAGAGAACGGGUGAAUCCCCGACGUCGGGUCACUUGCUCCCCCUCACUCCAGCCCUUGCUGGCAGUACUGCCUCUGAGCAGUCUGUUCUGCACUCGGGACAAAGACCUACAGACCCCCCGAAACCUACCGAGACCCAAAAGCCAAAACGCCGCUGCACCACCACUCACCGUUCCAGUGCAGUCCACAAACCUCUAGACAACUCCACCACCUCAGACCACGGAAGCUCUACCGCUCGGCCUGAAGCUCCUCCCACUUCCAAGCAGAGCCCCAGCCAUCAAGGGCAAACCCCGGUGAUCCGGAACGGACGCUCUGCCGAUAAUGCUAGCUCUGCUGAGGCACACAGAGGAUCAGCCGACUUGGGACCUCCAACCCCAACAACCAAGAGCAAGACAACUUGUCUCAAGUCUACAGCAAGCAGGUCAACAGCAACCAAAAGGCCAGCUACAAGUGUAAGGCCAUCGGAAAAGGCGAGCACUGUUUUAGGGAACAAGAGCAGCGCCUCACGCAAGACCACAAAUCCUUUCCAUGACUCCGUCAGUUCAGAGGUCAACAGGGAAACCACACCUUCCUCAGAAAAAACCACAGAAGCCUCAAGGUCAUCAGACAAAGCUACUGGGACCCCCAAGAAGUCAGAAGGAACUACAGAUUAUGGAAAUACACAUAUGUCAGACACGACCCUGAGGACUGCCCAACACAUGAAGACCACAUCAGCUGCCAAGACCACAGCACCCCUGGUAAAGCCUACAAGGCCUGGAGACUUGACCACAUUCUCCAACAAGAAGAUUGUAAGUACUCAAGAAACCCCCACAGGUGCCCAAGACACACCUGUCCCUCCAGAACAUGAAGGAAAGAUCACAGUGGUCAGUGAGGUCACGGGUGUACAGGGACAGCCCACAGGACAUAAAGAAGAGACCACGCUAACUGAUGGGAAGAUCAUGAAUACCCAAGAAGCCCCUACAGGGCAUGGACAGAAGACCACAGCAGCCAACGAGAAGACUACAGAUGACCAAGAAACCCCUACAGGGCAUGGACAGAAGACCACAGCAGCCAACGAGAAGACUACAGAUGACCAAGACGCCCCUACAGGACAUGGACAGAAGACCACAUCAGCCAACGAGAAGACUACAGAUGACCAGGAAACCCCUACAGAGCAUGGACAGAAGACCACAGCAGCCAACGAGAAGACUACAGAUGACCAAGACGCCCCUACAGGGCAUGGACAGAAGACCACAUCAGCCAACGAGAAGACUACAGAUGACCAGGAAACCCCUACAGGGCAUGGACAGAAGACCACAUCAGCCAACGAGAAGACUACAGAUGACCAAGAAGCCCCUACAGGACAUGGACAGAAGACCACACCAGCCAAUGAGAAGACUACAGAUGACCAGGAAACCCCUACAGGGCAUGGACAGAAGACCACAGCAGCCAAUGAGAAGACUACAGAUGACCAAGAAGCCCCUACAGGGCAUGGACAGAAGACCACAUCAGCCAACGAGAAGACUACAGAUGACCAAGACGCCCCUACAGGGCAUGGACAGAAGACCACAUCAGCCAACGAGAAGACUACAGAUGACCAAGAAGCCCCUACAGGGCAUGGACAGAAGACCACACCAGCCAACGAGAAGACUACAGAUGACCAGGAAAUCCCUGCAGGACAAGAAGAGACCACAUCAGCCAACAAGGAGACCGUAAGUACUCAAGAAGCAUCUACAGGACAUGAGGAAGAGCCCACAUUGGCCAACGAGAAGGUCACAGGUGCCCAAGGGAAGCCCACAGGACAUGAGGAAAAGACCACACCAGGCCAUAGGACAAUCACACAUACCCAAGAAACCCCUACAGGGCAUGAAGAAGAGCCCACGUUGGCCAAUGCAAACAGCAUAAGUACCCAAGAAACCCCUAUGGAACACGAAAGGACCACAUUAGUCAGUGAGAAGACCACACCAUUCCCAGUAGAGCCUACAGGACAUGAAGCAAAGAUCACAUCAGUGCACGGGACUAUGACACAAGUCCUAACAAAGUCCACAGAAAACCCGGAAAAGACCACAUCAGCCACAAGUGUCUCCCAAAAGCAUACAGGACACCCAAAGAAUACCACACUGGCCACUGAGACCGGAAAAUCCUCAAUGCAGUCCACGGAAAACCCAGCAAAAACAGCAGCCGCCACAGAAAGCACACGACCUGUAGGCAGGAUUACAACAAAGAGAUCCAUCACUACUUCCUGUUUAAAUAAAACUGCAGUCACCCAUCAGGUACCCACUGGGUCCUCUACAAACACCACAGCUAGACUGGACCCAGGUUCUGUCAUGUCAGAAGUUCCAGGCAACAAGAGCCAUGGCCAUCAGGAUAAAGACGUCACCCAGGAAGGUGCCCACGCUGGAGAAACGGGAGGGAACGAUCCCUUCCCUGCGUGGGCCAUAGUCAUUGUGGUCCUGGUGGCUGUGAUCCUCUUCCUGAUGUUCCUCGGCCUGAUCUUCCUGGUCUCCUAUCUGACUCGAACGCGCCGUGUACGGACCCAGGACGCCGAGGACAACGAGCCGGACGACGAGGGGGGCCCCAACUCCUACCCGGUCUACCUGAUGGAGCAGCAGACUCUCGGCACCGGCCAGAUCCCCUUCCCACGGUGACGGCUGAGGAGCUGCCACGCCCACAUCUUCCACGCGCUUCCGUCCUGGACGACGACUGAGACUCAACAUGUCGAUUUCGUGGACUCCAGGAAGGGCAGAAAGGACGGACAGCAUGAACUCUCCAUCUGCUGCUGCUUCUCCGCUGAGACCUGCUGGGAGGAGGUGAUUAGCAAGAAGGCUUUAGACUGGGAGGCAAGAGAAGAAAGAAUGAACAACACAGGCUAGCGCUCUCUGUAGGAGGCGAUGGCCGGAGGAUGAAGAGGGACCUGUGGGGUGAAGACCAACGCAGGACACUGGGACCUGGGCCACACCUGAUGGAGGGAGCCGCAGAAAGGCCACGCCCUCACUGUCUUGGUGGGUGGGGGCCGCGGGAAGUGGGGACCACGAGGGCAGAGCCCGCAAUUCGUGACUGAUGUAGAAACAGACUUGUCUCUGACUUCCCUGGACCCUUGCUUUUCUUUCUCUUUUUAAUGAAAAUACAAAAAGCAGAACAACAAAAGAAGCUAUGAAGAAAAGAGGAUUUCUUUCCUUCUCCCUCCUCUCCAUGCCCUGGAGCGAGGAAGAUUCCAGAGAGAAGACCACGGACCUUGCACCCGGGGUUCUUCACUCUUGCUCCGCGCAAGCCUUCUCCGCGGCCUCCUCCCUGGGUUGGCUCGCUGGGCUGUGGGGCUGCACAAGGAGGGGAUUUCUGCUCACGCUGCAGCCUCGGCCGCCUGGGAGCACGCCACGCCCUCCCAGAUGGCGCUCCCCGCUCGGCUUGUUUUUCUGUCUCUUUCUGCAAAAGUCAUUGGUGGCUUUAUCUCGUAGGACUCAUCUGUGUUCCCUGCUGCCCCUGUCCUCCUACACCUUCACCCCAAAUGCUGGCUCUCCUGCUUGCUGGCCUCCAUCUGCACGUGCCUUCUGGAUUUUUCUCUGCCCCUCCACCUGUCACUGAGAGGGCAAAGGGGGCCGAGUGGAGUGGACAGAUCACAG